UGUUUCCCCAUAACAAAACAGAAAAACAGUGCACGUGUUCCGUCCCCUGUCUCUUUUCCAUCAAAUAAUCCCAUCAGAAACUGCACACAUAGCUAAAAAAAAUAAAUAAAAAGCAUCAAAAGCUCUAAAAUGACUUUAGAAAUAGACAAUCGCAUCCAAACCGUCAUCGAAAAUGGAGUGAAAACCGGUCACCGGACCUUUUUCGUCAUCGUCGGGGAGAAGUCAAAAGACCAGAUUAUGUACCUUCACCACAUGCUAUCCAAAACAGAAAAGUCCUGUCCCUCAAUAUUAUGGUGUCACAAAAAAGAACUUACUUUUUCUUCAAACCGCAAGAAGAAAAUGAAGUCGCUCCAGAAGAAGGUGAAGUCUGGGAAGCUUGAUGUCCACGAGGACGAUCCCUUUGACCUCUUCAUUCUCUCCGCAAAAAUCCGCUAUUGUCCCUACAAAGACAGUCAAAAAAUUCUCGGAAACACAUUCGGAAUGUGCGUCCUCCAGGACUUUGAAGCCCUAACCCCAAAUUUACUCGCCCGGACGAUGGAAACCGUCGAGGGUGGGGGCAUCAUCGCGAUCCUCCUUCAGAGUCUAAAUUCCCUGAAACAAUUAUACACCAUGCAGAUGGAUGUUCACCAGCGACUCCGGACCGAGGCUCAUCAGGAUGUCGUCUGCAGGUUCAACGAAAGAUUUCUUCUUUCCCUCGCUUCCUGUGCCCGGUGUUUGGUCAUCGACGAUCAGUUCCAUGUGCUUCCGAUAUCGAUGAAAAAUCUCAAAAUGAAUGCCUGUGUAAAGACGACUUUGCCAGAAAAUUGUACAGAACCCAGGGAACUCGACGCUUUGAAAAAAAGGCACCGAGAUAAGCCGAAUUUCAAUUUGUUGGAAUGUUGCAAAACCCUGGACCAGGCGAAGGCCUUGCUGAAGUUCAUCGAGACGAUUUCAGAAAAAACUUUACGUUCCACAGUUUCUCUGACAGCAGCAAGAGGUCGGGGAAAAUCGGCUACAAUGGGACUCGCGAUAGCUGGUGCGAUUGCUUUCGGAUAUUCCAAUAUCUAUGUUACGAGUCCGAGUCCUGAAAAUUUGAACACGCUUUUUGAAUUUGUCUUCAAAGGCCUCGACAUCCUGGAUUAUAAAGAGCACACUGAUUAUAGUAUUGUGCAGUCGAGGAAUCCAGAGUAUAAUAGAGCGAUCAUCCGGGUGAAUUUUUUUAGAAAUCACAGACAAACAAUUCAGUUUAUUAAUCCUCCGGAUGCCCAGAAUCUUCAGCUGGCGGAAUUGUUGGUUAUUGAUGAAGCUGCAGCGAUUCCUUUGCCUCUCGUCAAGAAGAUGUUUGGACCCUAUUUAAUUUUCCUCGCUUCGACGAUAAAUGGAUAUGAAGGCACUGGAAGAUCCUUAUCCUUGAAAUUACUCCAGCAAUUGAGGGAACAGUCGCGGGGGGCGGAUUCCAAGGAGAAGAAGAAGGACGGUAAAGGUUUGGAUCGAAGUUUGGAGGAACUGACCUUAGAGGAGUCGAUUCGGUAUAAGCCUGGAGAUGCUAUAGAAAACUGGCUUUCAGAAUUGCUUUGCCUGGAUAAUGAGAAGGUGCAACCUUCAAUAUCAACAUUGCCAACUCGAGAUGAGUGCCAGUUGCUCUACAUAAAUAGAGACACUCUCUUCUCAUUCCAUAAGGCCUCGGAGAAAUUUUUGCAAAAAUUGGUGGCCUUAUACGUGGCGUCACAUUACAAAAACACACCAAAUGAUCUGCAAAUGAUGUCCGAUGCUCCUGCACAUCAUCUAUUUUGUUUGGUGAAGCCCAUUGUGGAAAAUAAACUACCGGAAAUCUUGGUUUUUAUCCAGGUUUGCUUGGAAGGACAACUUAGUAAGAAUGUAAUUCAAUCUAAAUUGGGACGAGGACAAAAGGCGGCUGGGGAUUUGAUACCGUGGACGAUUGCUGAAAAAUUUAAUGAUCAGAAUUUUCCGAUUUUGAGUGGGGCGAGAAUUGUGAGGAUUGCUACACAUCCUGAGUACCAGGGUCAAGGAUAUGGAACGAAAGCUAUGGAACUUCUCAAAGAAUAUUAUUCGACGAGGAAAAAUGAGAAUUUAGCAAUGGACGAGUCCAACGGAGAGAAAAGGCCUUCAAAGAAAUUGAAGACCUCGUCCGAAAACGAAAAAAGGGAAAGUAAGGAAUCAGUUCUCCAAACUGAACUUAUCGAACCUAGAUCAUCACUUCCUCCUCUUUUUAUGGAACUUUCUGAACGACCAGCAGAAGAUUUGGACUACAUAGGAGUUUCCUUUGGAGUGACACCACAACUGAUCAAGUUUUGGAAAAAAGUGAAAUUCAUUCCCGUUUAUUUGAGACAGACGACUAACGACAUCACAGGAGAACACACUUGCAUUAUGAUCCAAAAAUUAAAAUCUGAGAAGAAGAAGGGAGAAGGUAGUUGGAUCGAAUCUUACUGGACAAAAUUCAGACAGCGUUUCAUCAGACUUCUUUCUUCUUCUUUUAAAAGUUACGAUGCCUCUCUCGCGCUCAGUAUUUUAGAAAAUAAUGCAAUUAAAAUUCCAGCAACAACUUUGACGAGAGACAGACUGGCGGAACACUUGGAUUUACAUGACAUAGAAGAGUUGGAGAAAUACAGUCAUAAUAUGACCGAUUAUCAUGUAAUUAUCGACUUGAUACAACCUUUGUCGCAGCUCUAUUUUUUGCGAAAACUUGGUAGUUUAACAGGUCAAGAAAAUAAUAGUCUGCAGAUUUCAGCAGUGCAAGCUGCGAUUCUUUUGGGAUUAGGACUUCAGCACAAAAUGAUCGACGAAAUAGGGAUAGAAUUCAAUUUACAGAGUUCACAACUCCUUGGGUUGUUCAAUAAAGCUGUUAGGAAAUUUACAUCGUACCUGAAUGCACUUAUCAAGGAGACAAGAAGGGAUUUUAUGGAGCACUAGUUUCUGUUUUUUCUGUGAAAGUAUCAUACUUUUGUCAAAAUGACUUGUAAGAUAUUGUAAUUUUGUAAAGAAUUAAUUUACGUUUUGUAAAAAAUACGCAGUCAGUUUUCAUAAUGAAAUUUCUGAUAUUUUCAGAGCAUUGAGUUUAUUCAAUAUUGUAUACAGAAAUUUACAAUGUAUU